GUGUAACUUGGUCCUGACGCCAUGUCUGACCAAUAGAGCCGAAGGCCCCUCAUUAUUUCUCGUCUCGGCGACAUCUGUCUGCACCUCGUGUACGUGGCAACUUGCCUGCGUUGCAGUAGCUCGAAUGCAACGUUCUUGGCGAUAUAAAAAGGGGCGCGUAUCACCCCUACAAACUACUAGCUUCGUUUGAGCUUUCUGAUUCUACUGUUCCCAUAUCCUGAAAAGCCAGAGAGUUACCAUGAAGGCAUUUCUUGUCUGUGUCCUGCUCACCACCGUCGCCGCUGUGAGCUUUGCUCACCACGUCGAACUCUGCGAUAAACAAGACGAACAGCUGAAAAAUGAACUCCAAUGCAUUGGGCUCCGCAUCUCACGAGGGGCGAACCAAAGCUUUGACAAAGCCUUGAGGACUCUCAGCUGCCAGGACUGGAGCUGCGUCAUCCGGAAGCUCUGCGUCGGAAACAACCUGGAAUCCGCCAUGGCCAACCACUUCACGAAGCCUCAAAUCACGGAGAUCCACCGUGCUGCAACCAGCUGCGAUCCAGAGGCCGGGCACCACGACCACCACCACUGAAUGUAGCCCACUUUCAAAAAUAUUCAAGAAAUGAGCCUUCCAUGGGCUGAAUGUUCCUACAUUGUCCAGAGGUGUGCCAUCGAGGACUCCGGGCAACCUUUCCCCUUGUUGUAAUGAAAGUUUACAACUUUUUACCUUUGUCGUAUUCAGGACAAAUAAAAACACCUUGGCUUGA